CACAUGCAUCAGCUGACAACAAUGACGCUGGUUUACUGAAUAUGCAGUAAAUUGACCCGUGAUGUCAAAACAUCGCUGGCUGGACUUGUUCGUUUUUUAUUUGUUGUUAUGUAUGACAUAAAAACACAAUUUGUCUGUGGCUAUCAUCUAUGAACUGCUUGAUUACUUGAUUAUCAUUUUAGAGGAGACACGAUGGAUCAUGAGACCAGACCACUGUUGGUCAAUGAUGAGCAAACAGAAGAAGACAGAUCCGAGCAGGACUCAUACCUGGAUAAAGUUAAGAAUGGGAAGUUGUACAUGGCCACAUUCGCAGCAGUUCUCGGACCGCUGAGUUUUGGGUUUGUGCUGGGCUACAGCUCACCUGCCAUACCUGAACUCUGCAAAAUUCAAGACCCGAGACUGCAGCUCAGCAAAGAUGAGGCUUCCUGGUUUGGGGCUGUGGUGACCAUUGGUGCGGCUUUUGGAGGUCUUCUGGGAGGAUGGAUUGUGGAGAAGAUUGGACGAAAAUUGAGCCUUAUGUUCUGUGCAAUUCCAUUUAUCUUUGGGUUUACCAUUAUUAUUGCUGCUCAGAACCACUGGAUGUUAUAUGUGGGCAGAGUUCUUACUGGUCUGGCCAGUGGAGUGACUUCUCUUGUUGUACCUUUAUACAUUUCGGAAAUGGCUCAUGAGCGUGUUCGGGGAACUUUGGGAUCCUGCGUGCAACUUAUGGUUGUGAUAGGCAUUAUGGGAGCCUAUAUAACAGGUUUGUUCUUGGACUGGCGAUGGUUAGCAAUCACAUCCUCUAUCCCUCCUACACUAAUGCUGGUGUGUAUGUGCUUCAUGCCGGAGACGCCACGGUUCCUGCUCUCCCAAGGGAAAAGAAGAGAGGCAGAGGAGGCCCUGCGCUUCCUCAGGGGUCCUGAUGCCCCUGUAGAGUGGGAGUGUGCUAGGAUAGAAGAGGCCUACAAAAAUGAAGAGCAAAGCUUCAGUCUGGCGGAUCUGAAGGACCCUGGCGUCUAUAAGCCUUUAGGCGUAGGCAUUAUGAUGAUGCUCUUCCAGCAAUUUACUGGCAUUAAUGCCAUCAUGUUUUACGCAGAGACGAUCUUCGAGCAGGCCCAUUUCAAAAGCAGCGAUGUGGCCACUGUUAUUGUUGCAGCCACACAAGUGUUCUUCACUGCAGUUGCUGCUGUUAUCAUGGACAAGGCUGGGCGGAAAGUUCUUCUCAUCUUGUCUGGUGUCACCAUGUGUGUUAGUGAAGCAGUGUUUGGAGUGUAUUUCAAGCUGACUGUGAUGAAGCACAAUAACGCCUCACUGACGAGUUUACUAACAGACGCCCAGGGUCCACUGGCGGAGCAGUCGCCGACAGACCUGACCUGGCUGGCUGUGGGAAGCAUGGGCCUUUUCAUUACUGGUUUUGCUCUUGGUUGGGGUCCUACUCCUUGGCUGGUGAUGUCUGAGAUCUUUCCCACACGAGUGAGGGGAAUGGGCAGUGCUCUGUGUGUGCUUACCAACUGGACCUGUGCCUUCAUUGUCACCAAGACCUUCCAGAACCUCAUGGAUGCCAUAACUAGUGCAGGGACAUUCUGGAUGUUCUCAGGAAUGUGUGCUCUCAAUGUCAUAUUCACUGCUGUCUUUGUCCCUGAGACCAAGGGCAAAACAUUGGAGGAGAUUCAAGCCCGUUUUAAAGGGACUCAUCAGCGCUAGACAUCUUUUCUCCUCGGUGCCAACUCCAAAGUAUCGAAGAAACAAACUAGUUGCAUUGGCUUGUUAGAAUCAUCUCAUUAUGUUUUCAAAUUAUGUAAAUGUUUAUAGAUCAAAAAAUGUGUAUAUUUGACAAUUUGUGACAAUUUGUUGUCUUAAUGUGAUUUGUCAUUGAAUUGGUGUGAUUAGUUGCUGUUUUUGACAAGGUUCAAGAACUUUUAACAUGACUUAUUUUUAUACUGUUGCCACACCUUUGAACAUCAUGACUUUUGCAUUGUGUCUAAUUUUGAACUUAUUUGCUGGUCACAUGACGGUUGUUUUUUGACAAAGGGCUCAAUUGAAUUUUGCAUGAAUAACACACAGUUUAUAUAAGCUUUAUUUCCAUUAGUUUUCAUUGCAAUUCCUCUGCAUUAAAAUAGUAGCUUGGAUUACAUUUUGAAACUAGUAUGUGCACACGUUCUAAUUUAAAAUGUUACCCGAGUUACUAUCUGAUCUGAUUUGAUCGAUUUCAAAAAUGUUGAGUUUAACUUGAAACUCAUUUUUAUAUUCUGUGGAUAAUAUAUUGUUAUAAAAGUAAGAAUUAAAUAAUAUAUGGUUGCACUGGUGACUACAUAUAUUUUUUUUCUGCCCUCACUGCAAAGAAAUUGUGCGAUAAAACUAAUACUUUAGUUCAAUGUUCAUGGUUACUGAACAACUCUGUCGUUUGCUUCAUUCAUGAGGUGAGCAAAAUUAAACACAGCUCUCAAAAGUGAAGUUGUAUUGCUUUGGAUUGUGGUACUGAGUGUACACAGUUUGACUUGCUGUUUUGUAAUGACAAGGAUGAACAAUUAAAUGCCAAAUAAUAUGAUGUGCCAAAGUAUGUUUUUUUUUUUU